AUGGCUCAAGAACCUGGUGAAGUUCGUUUACUCUCCCGAGUGGCAACAGACGCGACUCUUACAACAGACGCGACUCUGUCAACAGCGUCCGGCACACAAACUCCCACCUCAGGAACCGACGACACCUUGUCCGCAGUAGACAUUAACCAUGAUGAAAUUGAGAUAAAUGCGCUCAAGGCUCGCUGGGAGGAAGCGCAGGCAACUAGUCUUGAUGUCCUACGAGAUAAAGAACGCAAAGCAAUAAAAAAAUUUCAGACACCUGAGCGGCUUUUCGAAGACUUGAAGCGACAGACGAGACAAUAUGAGGAUCACGCAAUAACCAAAUGCGUAACCCGAAUUAAACCUUUCCUACAACUUCUCAAGUCUGUGUCCCUUAUCUUCAUGACAGUCAUGUCGCCACAUGCUGUUGAAAUAGCAGCUAGAGCAUUGGAGAAUAUUCAAAUUCUAAAAGAGACCAUUGAUAUCAUUGAUAAUAUCUACCGAGAGCUUCGACUGUUUACUAAAUUAGCGGAACACGGAAACCUGCGCAGUGAUAUACGACACGAUGUGGUGGAUAUGUUUAUUAUUCUCAUCAAAUUCUGGGCUGAAGCAGCAAGGAUUUUUCGACCGCCAAUAUCAGAUAGUGCUAUUGGUCGAGUGCAAUCAAAAUUCAAAGAAACUAGAGGUAGUUUGGAGAAAUCGGUUUCCAUAGUCGAAAAAAUGGCAGACUUGUCUAUCAAGAAUAUGGAUGACGAAACACAAAGACGCGACGCAGAUUACCUGUCAACCUUAAAUUUUAACGAGGAUGCCAAUACGAAGUUUCCAUGCUAUGAGGUUCCUCCGAAACAUGACCAUUUUUAUGGACGUUCUGAUGAAAUUGAGACAACAAAAAAGUUUCUGUGUUGUGAACAGGCCUCAAGAGAGCUCAGAGUUUUUGUUCUACAUGGACUAGGGGGAGUUGGAAAAUCUUCCGCCGCGCUUGCUUUUGUUAGCAUGUGCAUGGACGAACAACUUUAUGACGCUAUUUUUUACAUAAAUGCCCAAACCAGAGCGGACCUUAGAGAUUCAUUUACCCGAAUUUCCAUCAGGCUAGAAUUGUUGGGGUCGACUGCGGCUUCUGGUGACGACAAGAAUAUUUUCAUCUUGCGAAAUUGGCUUGCAAAAACCGACCGGACCUGGCUACUAAUAUACGACAACGUGGAUGACAUGAAAACAAUCGAAGAGUUUUUGCCUCCUUUUGGACCGAUAAUCAUCACUACACGAUAUCGAGACGAAGCAUUCAAAGCACCUGGGAUUUCGAAGAAAUUUGAACUUCAAUCUUUUAAUAAAAAAGAAGCGGUUGCAGCCUUCAAUCGGAUACGACAAAAACACAACCCAGGCGCGAGCCCAUCUACUGAAGAUGAGAUUGGUACCUUCUUGAUCAAUGAACUUGGAGGUCUGCCCCUUGGAGUAGAGCAGAUGGCAGCUUAUGUGGAAUAUCGUAGGCUUACUAUACCUAAAUUUCUCGAAACGUACAAGAAGUCGACAAAACGAAUCCAUCGCCAUACAGAAGGAUUAUCUUCCUCGCGCGGCCUGGAUGCUAUUUGGGAGAUGAAUUUUAAGAGCAUACAGAAUAUCGAUGCCUCUCUCAUCCUCAGUAUUAUAGCAAUUUUGAACCCGAAGUUGAUACCAAUUCAACUUUUCCUCGUGGAUAAAGCCGUACACGUCAAGCUUCCGCCUAUUUAUCAAGCUAUUGUGGAGGAUGAAGACCUAGUCGAGGACGCAGUGGAUCUGCUUACGCGGGUCAGCCUCGUGAAGAGAGAUGGAGACUACUUAUCUAUCCACAGACUAGUCCAGAAAUCAUUCAUCUACAGUCCAAGUGGCUUUGGGCAGCAAAAAUUACAUGAUAUCUUCACCGCCGCCGUGGUACUCGUCAAUGCACAGUUCCCCAAGAUGGGCGGCCCGCAUUCUUUUUUUGGCCGUUGGCACGAAUGCGCGGAGGUUUCUCCCCAUGUUUUAUCUAUAGUUGACUAUUACGAGUCAGAUCCUGAAGUCAAGAAGGUGUUCCGUGCGAAUGACGACUUUGUUGAACUUCUCAAAAAUUGCGCUUGGUACCAGUAUGAGAUAGGUGAGUUCGAUGAGAGUCUCCGGCUUUCAGAACUAGCGUGCGAAUUUUGCGAAGACAAAUUCAGUCCGUUUUUCUCCCAGCUUUACAACAAUAUUGGCUGUGUGUAUUAUGAGCGAAACUACUUGGAAAAAUGUCGUGAAUAUUGGCCGAAGUGUCUAGAAAUUCGCGCUCAAACAAUGGCUCCUGAUGAUAUAGAGAUAUCCAACAUAUGCAAUAACCUUGGAGGUAUGUAUAUGGCCGAAGGAUUGCUAGAUGAUGCCAUCAAAAUGUACCAGCGCAAUCUUGAAAUCAAGACUAAACGGUCCAAUGACCCACCCGAAUAUCUUGCAUUAGGCUUUCUAGGUCUGGGUCGGGUUUACUACCUCCAAAAAGAGUUUACGAAGGCCAUGGAUUACUAUUCCAAAGCAGAAAGGCUUUUGAGGAGUUCGGGAAAGUCAGGAGAAUGGGGAGUUGCAAACGUCUUGCUGGCCAUAGGAAACCUGCAUCUUGCGAAGAACAUGGUAGAGAAGGCCCGAGAAAAUUUUCACGAGGCUUGGGAACUUUGCCAUUCGAAUAACCCAACCCACCUAUUCACUGGCGUUCUUCAAUACAAGCUUGGGGUGUGUGAGGCGCAGCUUGGAAAUGCAGAAACAGCAUUAAAGUAUCUGGACAAGGCAUACCUUGCCGCUGAGCAUUGCAAGUCCCGAGGAGAUAAGGCCCGCAUACUAUGGGCCAAAGCAUUGAUUCUGAAAGGUGAUAUGAACAACACCAAGGAGCGUCAGAUACAGGCCGCAGAGUGCAAAUUACAAGCAGAGGUCUUGCGGGCCAAUCUAGUAGAAGAGAUGAAGCCCUCAUUGUCUCCCACGGAGCAAGAAGGCAGUUUUGCAGCUUAUGACAUGUUUAUAUGUGGAUAUUUCCGAUAACCUUCAAAAUCACGAUGGUGAACAAAUUUGUAUGAAUCGGACGAAAAGGGCCAUCAGUUGCUCACCAUGACAUUUCGGAACAUGUUUGUCAUUUUAAUGGCGUGCGCUAAUUGUCCCAAUACAACUUCAAUAUUUC